AUGUCAGGCUCCAAUCGUAUGAACCUCUCAAGAUCAACAGUAAUAACCACCGCUCUUGUUCAUUCUGCUACUGAGAUGGUGCAGAGGCCUCCACAAAGAAAUGCUGCAAAAAAAAAAUCUCCAGAGUUUCAAUCUAGGACUGGUUCAGAUCAGGAGUAUGAAUCAAGAACUGGUUCAGAUCAGGAGUAUGAAUCAAGGACUGGUUCAGGUCAGGAGUAUGAAUCAAGGACUGGUUCAGCUCAGGAGUAUGAAUCAAGAACUGGUUCAGAUCAGGAGUAUGAAUCAAGAACUGGUUUAGAUCAGGAGUAUGAAUCAAGAACUGGUUUAGAUCAGGAGUAUGAAUCAAGAACUGGUUCAGAUCAGGAGUAUGAAUCAAGAACUGGUUCAGCUCAGGAGUAUCAUUUAAGAACUGGCUCAGAUCAGGAGUUUCAAUCAAGGACUGGCUCAGAUCAAGAAUAUCAAUCAAGGACUGGUUCAGCUCAAGAGCAUCAAUUAAGGACUGGUAUAAAUCACGAGUAUCAACCAAGGACUGGUUUGGCUCAGGAGUAUCAAUCUAGGACUGGUUCAGCUCAGGAGUAUCAAUCAAGGACUAGUUUGUCUCAGGAGUAUCAAUCUAGGACUGGUUCAGCUCAGGAGUAUCAAUCAAGGACUGGUUUGGCUCAGGAGUAUCAAUCUAGGACUGGUUCAGCUCAGAGUCAGAAGUUAUAA